GUCCAACAAUGUCGAAACGAGGGCGUGGAGGUUCCGCUGGGAACAAGUUCAGGAUGUCGUUGGGUUUGCCAGUGGCGGCAACUGUUAACUGUGCCGAUAACUCUGGUGCAAAGAACCUGUACAUCAUUUCGGUGAAGGGUAUUGGUGCAAGGCUUAACAGGUUGCCUUCAGCUUGUGUGGGUGAUAUGGUCAUGGCUACUGUCAAGAAGGGUAAGCCUGAUCUCAGGAAGAAGGUUAUGCCUGAUGUCAUUGUUUGUCAGCGCAAGCCGUGGCGCCAAAAGGAUGGUGUUUUCAUGUACUUUGAAGAUAAUGCUGGUGUAAUUGUGAACCCCAAGGGUGAAAUGAAGGGUUCUGCCAUUACUGGUCCUAUUGGUAAAGAGUGCUGAUCUAUGGCCCAGGAUUGCAAGUGCUGCCAACGCCAUCGUCUAAGUUUUAAAUUUGUGUUUACUGAGAGUUUUCAUUUUUAAUUUUUUGGAUAUCUGAGGGAACCGUUGUCUUGGUAAGAACUGUUACUGCAACUGGCUAUGAGAAUUUUGCGGUACUCCAAAAUUUUUCAUCUAUGUAGAAGUGCAUUACUAUUUCAGUUAAAAAAAAAAAAAAAAAAAAGAAA